AUAGAUGGCGCGCGGUACGAGCAUAGAUCGCCACGGAAGAACUCAGGGCUGUAUCUUUAAGAAUGCGCCGCGUCGAUGGUGUCGGGUUGGCAGACCUCAUUCUCCCUCUUCUUCGUCUCCACAGAAUAUGGAUUCUGAUUCUCGGUGACACUCACUUCAACAUCUGCAACCAUCAACAGCAUGGCACCAUAUUAUGUCACUUUCGCAGUCCUUUUACUGGCGAACUGCGCGCAUACAUUUGUUCUGCCUGGCGUAGCUAUAGCUCGGCCCACAAAUACGAUACAUAAUCUUGAAGAGGCAGAGAUGCCAAGUGAAGCUACUAUCACUCCUGCGCCAGCACCCCUUCAAGCUGACGCCCUGGUCCUCUUCAGAAGACAACAGGGAGGAGACAUCGACCCUGUGUCGCUCGCCAACGUACUUUUAACCGGCUUCCCUCAGUCAUUGCGUGAACUGGCUGUAACUAAUAUUCCUGCCGUGUCACUCAUUCUUUGGUCCGAAUUUCUGGACAACAACACCCCAAGCUGGUUUCAAGCUCUUCCGUCAGACAUACAAAGCUACCUCAGUGGCCAAUAUGGGCCAGAGAGUGUUCGAGCCAAGACAACGAGCGCCGAACCCUCAUCAUCCGAAGACUCAUUCUCACCCGGGCCUGUAGCCACAACAGUAGUUCAGACUUCCAUGGUCACUAUAUCGCCUUGGCCAGCAUCCAGUAAUCCAAUUGAGUCCGCGGCCCCUGCGCCUACUGCGUCUCCUCACAACAGUGGCCUUACAACAGCUCAAAAAAUUGGGAUUGGCGUUGGUGUCCCCGCUGGCGUCGCCGCAAUCGCAUCGCUGUUCCUAUGUUGCUUCUUACUACGCCGACGACGCCAGCAGAAGAAGAAUCAGAUCGCAGGCAAAGAUGUCAAUGAUCGUGUCCCUACACCUGCCUUCCUAUCAACGUCAAAUCGCCACCCUCCCAUGGGGGAACGAGCAGAAAAUGCUCUUCUUAUGCACGGCACCGUACCAACCACAGAUGGGACACGUGAGGAUUCUGUACACAGCAACUACUAUGGUUACGGUCUUAUGUCUCAUGACGAUCCAUAUGCUGCUGCCCAAGCUACGCACGGCAACUCCAUCAUACCUGCGGCAUUCGAUCGGCAUAACAAUCCUUAUGGUAAUAUUUCCCCAAUCUCAACAAAGAAUGGAAAUCGCCCUAGUCGCCGCCUUCACGGAAAUGGCAAUGGCAAUGCAGCAAAUAUCGCCGCAGGCAUGCUAGUCGCCCCCCCUCGUCGGGCUCGGAACGGAACUACUCGUAACUCGCAUCACUCAUCGCUUGGCUCCCUUGGUUCAGUCCCCGAGGCGCCUGAACAUGCUGAAUACACCCUGAUUCCUGAUCGCACUCUACGAAGUCCGCGGGGGAGCUUGGAUGGUAUGCAAGAAAUCAGCCAAAAUGAUGCGAAUGGAUAUAUCCCAAUCGCAAAUGGUACCGUGCCAACAAACACCGCCAACCAAGCAAUACCUCCUAGCGAAACCAUCACUCAAGCAAACGGAAUCUUUGCGGGUGGAACAGCUGUACUUCCCAUCGGGACAGCUCAUGGCUCACUCCCCCAAACUUUCCCAUCUCUUGAUCCCGUGUGUAGUGAUCGAAGCACACACCCCGCAUUCCGCCCUCCAAUACCACCUCCUUCUAAUACAACCAAAAGCCCCUUCGCAGAUGAAUAUGCAGAAAUGAUCCUGCCAACAGGCUAUGCCCAAAGUCAGAAAGUGAAGCAGGAGCGAGGAUGGGAGGGAAAUAUCUGCGAACAGAACAGUAAACCACAGAAUGUGUCCUAUGAUUCUCCCACAUUGGGCCGUGCUGGCGGAAGGAGGGGCGAAGAUUGGCCAAUAAGAAGUGCAACAUUUGCGAUAGACCGAGGGCGUUCGAAGGGCAAUGCGAGGUUGUUUGGGGAUGGCAAGGAAGAGGAUGACGUCGUUGGUGAGAGGAGGCCAUUAUGGCGUGGAGAUGUUUACGAAGGGACGUGAGAGGAUACGGUGAGGUUGGUGACAUGGGCAAUGUAAGGCCGGUGUGCAAUGAGAUGUUUGUCUCGACAGGCGCAGUAU